AUGCUAAAAUUCAAUAAGGGGUUCAUUGCAAUAAAUAUCGAUGAUAGAUAUGAUGCUCAUAUUUCUCAAGCGGCUGAAGAUGAGACUUCGGAAAGCACCACAGUAGCAUCAACCACUGAGGAAAGUACUUCUACUGAGGAGAGUACAACGUCUAUCUCAACAACUGAAGAUAGUACAACGGAAGAGAGUACCACAGAGGAGAGUACAUCAACUACUGAAGAAAGUACUACUGAAGAGAGUACCACAGAUGAGAGUACAUCAACUACAGAAGAAAGUACUACGGAAGAGAGUACCACGCCAAUAUCAACAACUGAAGAAAGUACCACAGAGGAAAGUACAACGCCCAUCUCAACAACUGAAGAAACUACUACAGAAGAGAGUACCACAGAGGAGAGUACACCAACUACUGAAGAAAGUACUACAGAGGAGAGUACAACACCAAUAUCAACUACCGAAGAAAGUACUACCGUUGAGAGUACCACAGAGGAGAGUACAACUCCUUUGGAAACUAGUACCGCGCCCACUACCGAGGAAAGUACUACCGUAGAUAGUACAACUGAAGCUAGUACAGAAGCACCUGAUGCGGCAGAGGAUGAAGAUGACGAAGAGGAACCUGAGGAAGAGGAUGAUGAUGCUGAAGAACCUGCAGAGGCAGCCGAGGAACCAGAGGAUGCCGAAGAAGAACCAGAGGAUGAUACCGAACCAACUACUACAGUGAAACCUACAGAGGAAACGACCGAAACAACGGUCGAACAUACGGAGGAAACAACUGAAACCACAGUCGAACCUACGGAGGAAACUACCGAAACAACGGUCGAACCUACAGAGGAAACCACCGAAACAACAGUCGAACCUACGGAGGAAACCACCGAAACAACGAUCGAACCUACAGAGGAAACAACUGAAACCACAGCUGAACCUACAGAAGAAACUACAGUGACAACCACUAGACCUACCGAAGCCACAACUGAACCUAGUGCCGAUUCUGUAGUCUCAACAACAGAAAUUACUACAACCGAAUCUGAGGAUACAACAACUACACCAGCACCCACGACGCCAACUACAACAACAACGAAACGUCCAACUAAAAAACCAAGUAAAAAGCCAGCCAAGAAACCAAGUAAAAAAUCGAAAAAGAAAAAGCCCAAAAAGAAAUCGAAGAAGCCGAAAAAGAAACCUCAAAAGAAAAAUCAGAAACCCAAAAGCAAAAAACCGAAUAAGAAAAAACGCAAACCGAAGGCCAAAAAGACUUCUAAACCUAAACCAAAUAUGAAAUUUUUGUUGAUAUUUUUAUUUGUGGGCCUCUGUGUUUUGGCCAUGAGCCAAAUAGGCUACGCACAGCCUAUACCAGAGGAUGCAGCUGCUACGAAAGAUGCAACUGAAACUAAAUCGGAGGAGCCUUCCGAAGAUGCUGAAGAACCAUCUGAUGAAGGUAAGGAAGAGGCACCUGAAGAAGACGAAGAAGCUCUAGCAGAGGAGAAACCCGAAGAAACUCCAGCAGAUGAGAAACCCGAAGAUGCUCCAGUAGAAGAAGAAGACGAAGAAACUCCAGCAGAGGAAGCCCCCAAAGAAGCUCCAGCAGAGGAGAAACCCGAAGAUGCCCCAGUUGAUGAAAAUAAAGAUGCUCCAGCUGAAGAUGCUGCAAAGGAAGAUCCUAAAGACGAUAGUGCUUCUCCAAAGGAAAGCGAUGCUCCAAAGAAUGAAGAAAAUGAAGAAGAGACUAAGAAACCGCCAAAAAAGAGCAAAUCUCCUGCCAAAAAGAAACCAUCCAGUUUCCUGGAAAUAAUCAGCCCUUUUAGA